CACGUGGGGUGACAUCACGCUCAACAGGAAGUUUGGGUCUUGGCAGCUCAGCGUCGGCUUGCGCGCCGCCGGUGAGGGGUGAGGAGGGCGGUGAGGGUGACGAUUAUUCUGGUGGCGUCAUGGCAGACGCCUGUCCGAUCAUCAGCUCGGUGCAAAAACUGGUGCUAUACGAAACUCGCGCGAGGUUCUUCCUCGUGGGCUCCAACGACGCAGGUUCCAAGUUCCGAGUGCUCAAGAUUGACCGCACUGAGCCACGUGAGCUGAGCCUCAGUGAUGACAAGCACGUAUAUAGCGAGGCAGAGGUGCGUGAUCUGUUGAGUCGCCUCGACCUGGGCAACCGUGCUCGCUCCGGCGCAAGAGGGCCCCUACUCGGCCUCCCGGGCCUUUCUCGUGCCACAACUGCGCACGGUAUCGUCGGGUUUGUGCGCUUCCUGGAGGGCUACUACAUGGUGCUCAUCACUAAGCGUCGCAAGGUGGCCGAUAUCGGGGGCCACAGCAUCUACAAGAUUGAGGACACCGUAAUGACGUACAUCCCCCACGAAUCUGUGCGCGUCAGCCACCCAGAUGAAGCCAGAUAUGUGAAGAUUUUCCAAAAUGUGGAUCUCUCAAGCAACUUCUAUUUUAGCUACAGCUACAACCUCACGCACUCGCUCCAGUACAAUCUCACGAUGAUGGGUACGGCGCGAGACACCACCCCCUCCACAUCCACAGCCCAAGCGUCCGUCCUCCCACUGAGCCACCGCGCCCCGCCCAGCAGCUUUGACAUCUUCGAGGAAGAGGGAUCGGCCCCACACCACUCGCAUGGCAGCAGGUGCGGCGUGCGCUGCGCUUCGUGCGAGAAGUUUGUGUGGAACAGUUUUCUGCUCGAGCCCUUCCAAGGGAGCGUCCAUCCAGAUUGGGUCCUGCACAUCACACAUGGAUUUUGUGCACAAUCCAAGCUUGUUGUGUAUGGACGGCCAGUCUACAUAACCCUCAUUGCGCGCCGCUCUGCUCGCUUUGCCGGGACCAGAUUUCUCAAGAGGGGAGCAAACUCCGAGGGGGAUGUGGCGAACGAGGUGGAGACGGAGCAGAUCGUGCAGGACGCCUCGGUGAUGACCUUCGCCCACGGCCGCUUCUCCUCCUACGUGCAGCUGCGUGGCUCCGUGCCGCUGCACUGGUCCCAGGAUAUCUCCUCCAUGAUCCCCAAGCCGCCCAUCACGCUGGAUCAGGCGGACCCGUACAUGCUGGUGGCCGGGCUGCAUUUUGAUCAGAUGCUGCAGCGAUUUGGUUCCCCCAUCGUCAUCCUCAACCUGGUCAAGCGUCACGAGAAGCGUCGCCAUGAGAGCCUGCUGAGCGAGGAGCUGCUGGCGGCCGUUGGCUACCUGAACCUCUUCCUCCCCCCCGAGCACCACAUCCACUACAUCGCGUGGGACAUGGCCAAGUACAGCAAGAGGAAGCACGUGAACGUGCUGGACAAGCUGAGUGACAUUGCAGAGGGAGUUCUCAGGAAGACGGGUUUCUUCAUGAACAAGCGGAGCUACUAUUGCAACGCUCUGCACCUCGAGGAGAGAUUGGAUGAGAUCGGGGGACUAAGGAUGGCUGGGCGACAGUUACAGACAGGAGUACUACGGACUAACUGCGUCGACUGUCUGGACCGCACCAACACUGCACAGUUCAUGGUUGGAAAGUGUGCGCUCGCAUAUCAACUGUACGCUCUGGGAGUGCUUGGCAGUCCCCAACUGGAGCUGGACACCGACGCUGCCAGGAUACUGGAGGAGUUGUAUGAAGACCACGGUGACACGCUGGCCCUGCAGUACGGAGGCUCCCAGCUGGUGCACCGUGUCAAGACUUACCGCAAGCUCACGCCGUGGACCUCGCACUCGCGGGACAUAAUGCAGACGCUCUCCCGCUACUACAGCAACGCCUUUUCAGACGCUGAGAAGCAGGAUGCAAUGAACCUGUUCCUGGGGAUGUUUGUGCCUCGGGAUGGGCGGCUGCACCUGUGGGAGCUCACGACGGAUUACUACCUCCACCACACGGACGCCACCCGCCUCCCUUCCGCGCUACGCAGCUACACCCGUUGGUGGUCUCCGGUGCUACUCUCAUGUCUUCCACUGCCCUACGUUCCACGUGCAGGACAAGAGGCGGGUUAUCGGCCCGCGGGGUCCGAUUGCCUUGGUGAGGGCGCCGAGGAUGAGGAGGAGGAGGAGGAGACGGACGUUUACACCGAAUUCUUCCAGCCUCAUCAGCUCACCAGCCUCGAGGAAACCUUCGCCUUCACGAUGCCUUGCUCCACCCGAGACUUCAUGCCCAAGGGGGCAUCCAUAAAUCCAAGCCCAUUCAUUGUGCGGAAGCCUGAAGAGACCAGCAAGAGCUCUCCUUCGCUGAGUAAAGCACGUGAGGAAGGGGUGGGGGCUGUGCAGCGCAAGACGGUGGCGAGCGCGCCGCCCCCGGCCCCCCUGGAGGACACUCCGUCCAGCAGCUCGGGGGACGACUCGGCGUCGGACGCCGACGAUGAAAACUCCGCGUCCGCGCGCGGCUCCCCGGCCCGCCCCAACCGGCAUCCCGGAGAAUGUGUGGAUCCACGCCAGGUGAUAUACCCUUCGGCGCAGAGUGUCUACGGAGUCGACAUCACAAAGCAGCUCAGUCUGCAAGACCAAGAGCUGUAUGCCAAGUUUGUGAAGCUGGGCGUUGACCACAAGUCGACGGAGCCGAGCGUGCGUGUGGCCUCCUUCCUGGAUGUCUCCAAGCUGCUGACUCCGCUAUCGGUCUUCCCCCCCGCGAGCGUGCGCCGCGUGUCUCCUCCGCGCGUCUCCGCGCCUGCGCUGGACGUGUACGAGGCGCACGUCCGCGCCGCGCGAGGUCACGCGCUGGAGCCCCGCAGGCACGACCUGGUGCUGUACCGACAGCACGUGCGGAACCGCUACAUGUGACGCGCCCUCUACAUGCCGCUGCUACACGUGAUUACGCACUGCACGCAACUGCUGCAUGUGACGCACACGUCACGUGCACUCUGCAUGCAUCUGGUGCGUUUGACAUGCACUCUACAUGCAGCCGCUACAUGUGACGCGCACGCUACAUCCAGCUGCUACAUGCGACAUGCAAUUUACAUACAACCACUACACGUGACGUGAACUUGACGUCCAACCGCUACGUCAUGCGCACUCUCCAUGCAGCUGCUACAUGCGACGCACACUCUACAUGCAGCCCGUAUAUGUGACACGCACGUGACAUGCAUUCUUCAUGCAGCUGCUACAUGUUACGCACACUCUUCACGCAGCUGCUUCAUGUGACGUGCAACCUACAUGCAACCGCGACAUGAUGCGCAAUCCACAUGCAGGUGCUGCAUGUGGUGUACAUUGUACAUGUAGCCACUGAAUGUGACACACUUGACUUUGUUUUUUUGCACAUCCUCUUGGCCGCACUGUCUCCUUGGAGUGUGUAUACAUUUCCGCAGCAUUUAAUCAAUACAGCACAAGUAAACCCUG